AUGUCGCUCCGCGCCACAACCCUCGUCACAAACCUCUCCGCCGUGACAGCGCGCAUCACCUCUGCUUCCGCCUCCGCCAAUGCCUCUCAAACCCGGCCCCAAGCCCAAAGACCCCAAUGCCCCGUCCGCCUCGUCGCCGUCUCCAAACUAAAACCCGCCUCCGACAUCCAGAUCCUCCACGAGUACAACCCCGCCUUGCAUUUCGGCGAAAAUUACCUCCAGGAGCUACUAGAAAAGUCCAAAAUCCUCCCUCCCGGGAUCCGCUGGCAUUUCAUCGGCGGACUACAGUCUAACAAGUGCGUGACGCUGGCGCGCGAUGUGAGGGGCCUGUGGGCGGUGGAGAGCGUGGAUUCGGAGAAAAAGGCUAGCUUGCUGGAUAGGGGGUGGGGGGAAAGGGGCACGCAGGCAGGGGUGGGUGAGGAUGCUGCGACUACCACUGCUGCUGCUUCAGCUUUAGAAGGAGGUGAUGCUGGUGCAGACGGGGAUCGAUUGCGAGUCUUCGUCCAGGUAAACACGUCUGGUGAAGAUAGUGUCCUCCGGUUAGACUAG